UCCGUUCGUUUUGCUCGCUCCGUGCCGUUCAGAGUCCUGUUCGGUUCUGCUCGCUCGCACCCGCAUCCGCAUCCGCAUCUGCAGGAGCUGCCAGGCGUCCAGAGCCAGAGAGCCAGGUUUGGCUUCAGUUUCAGUCUCAGUUUCCGUUUCCGUUUCCCAGACUGAGCUGAGCUUGGCUUGGCCCGCUGAAGCGGAUUCGAACUUCGGAACCGGACUUGAGACCUGAGACUUUGGACUUUGGACCUCGGACUUGUGACUUGGUGAUUGGGACUUCGGACUAACGCCUAGCACUAGACACACACUGGACCGCCAACUGACCAAGUGAGCACUGCGCCCAGGAUGCGAACGUAAACCAAUGCGCAGCAGUCAAUACAAGCCCAUCAACUGCCUGGGGAAGCGAACAGAGGGAAAAGCGGCCAGCAAGCGGACCCAGCCUGUUCAGGAAAACGCAAUCCAUCCACAAUCCAAACAAUAGCACAGCCCAGACACUUGCAUCCCGGCCAGAUGCACUAGAGACCACCGGAGCACUGAGCACCGGAUCCCAGCGAACUUCAGGAUCUAGUAGUCCACGAGCCAUGAUGCCCAGUCGCGUCAAACUGAAACGCGGCACGGACGGACCGACGCCCACGGCCACGCCCGCGCCCAUGCCUAUCACAAUGCCAAAGCAAACGCCAAUCGCCACUUUGAACACUGCCAGCUGCCAGCACAAUAGCACAACAAGUAGACGAAAGCCAACCCUCACCCCUCCAAGCGGGCCCAUCUCGCUGCUCCUUUUCACAGUACUGACCCUGCUGAUCCUGGACACCAGAUCCUGCCAGGGCCUCCGACUAACCAACGGAGGCGGCAGCCUGAGCAAGGGCGCGGCGGCCAACAAGGAGCAGCUCAACAUCGGCCUGAUCGCGCCGCACACGAACUUCGGAAAGCGCGAGUACCUGCGCAGCAUCAACAACGCGGUCACCGGAUUAACGAAGACGCGCGGCGCCAAGCUGACCUUCCUCAAGGACUACUCCUUCGAGCAGAAGAACAUCCACUUCGACAUGAUGUCGCUGACGCCAAGUCCGACGGCAAUCCUAAGCACACUGUGCAAGGAGUUCCUCCGCGUGAACGUCUCCGCAAUCCUGUACAUGAUGAACAACGAACAGUUCGGGCACAGCACGGCCUCGGCACAGUACUUUUUGCAGCUUGCCGGCUACCUGGGCAUCCCGGUUAUCUCGUGGAACGCCGACAACUCGGGUCUGGAACGACGGGCCUCGCAAUCGACGCUCCAGCUACAGCUGGCUCCAAGCAUCGAGCACCAAAGCGCCGCAAUGCUGAGCAUCCUGGAGCGCUACAAGUGGCACCAGUUCUCGGUGGUCACGUCGCAGAUAGCCGGCCACGAUGACUUCGUGCAGGCGGUGCGGGAGCGCGUGGCUGAGAUGCAGGAGCACUUCAAGUUCACCAUCCUAAACUCGAUCGUGGUCACCCGCACCAGCGACCUCAUGGAACUGGUUAACAGUGAGGCCCGGGUGAUGCUGCUGUAUGCUACGCAGACCGAGGCCAUCACCAUCCUGCGCGCCGCUGAGGAGAUGAAGCUCACCGGAGAAAACUACGUCUGGGUAGUCAGCCAGUCGGUCAUAGAAAAGAAGGAUGCCCACUCCCAGUUCCCCGUCGGCAUGCUUGGCGUGCACUUCGACACCUCCAGUGCGGCGCUCAUGAACGAGAUCUCUAACGCAAUCAAGAUCUACAGCUACGGCGUGGAGGCCUACCUAACGGAUCCAGCUAACCGGGACCGCCGCCUCACCACUCAGUCUUUGUCCUGCGAGGACGAGGGACGCGGUCGCUGGGACAACGGAGAAAUCUUCUUCAAGUACUUGCGCAACGUGUCCAUCGAGGGCGACCUUAACAAGCCGAACAUCGAGUUCACGGCGGACGGGGACCUGCGCUCGGCGGAGCUCAAGAUUAUGAACCUCCGGCCCAGCGCCAACAACAAGAACCUUGUGUGGGAAGAGAUUGGAGUGUGGAAGUCCUGGGAGACGCAGAAGCUGGACAUCCGCGACAUUGCGUGGCCCGGCAACUCGCACGCCCCGCCCCAGGGCGUGCCGGAGAAGUUCCAUUUGAAGAUCACAUUCCUCGAAGAGGCACCCUAUAUCAAUCUGUCGCCUGCGGACCCGGUGAGUGGCAAGUGCCUGAUGGACCGUGGUGUGCUCUGCCGGGUGGCGGCCGACCACGAGAUGGCCGCCGACAUCGACGUGGGCCAGGCACACCGCAACGAGUCCUUCUACCAGUGCUGUAGCGGCUUCUGCAUAGACCUGCUGGAGAAGUUUGCCGAGGAGCUGGGCUUCACCUACGAGCUGGUGCGGGUCGAAGAUGGUAAAUGGGGUACCCUCGAGAAUGGCAAGUGGAACGGCCUGAUCGCCGACCUGGUCAACCGCAAGACGGACAUGGUCCUCACCUCGCUGAUGAUCAACACGGAACGCGAGGCGGUCGUCGAUUUCUCUGAGCCCUUCAUGGAGACCGGCAUCGCCAUCGUGGUGGCGAAGCGCACUGGCAUUAUCUCGCCCACGGCUUUUCUGGAGCCCUUCGACACGGCCUCCUGGAUGCUGGUGGGCAUAGUGGCCAUCCAGGCGGCCACCUUCAUGAUCUUCCUCUUCGAGUGGCUCUCGCCCAGCGGCUACGACAUGAAGCUCUACCUACAGAACACCAAUGUCACCCCGUACCGCUUCUCCCUGUUCCGCACCUACUGGCUGGUUUGGGCCGUGCUCUUCCAGGCCGCCGUCCAUGUGGACUCGCCGCGAGGUUUCACUUCGCGCUUCAUGACCAAUGUGUGGGCCCUCUUCGCUGUGGUAUUUUUGGCCAUAUACACUGCCAACCUGGCCGCCUUCAUGAUAACGAGGGAGGAGUUCCACGAGUUCAGCGGUCUCAACGACAGCCGUCUGGUGCAUCCCUUCUCCCACAAGCCCUCCUUCAAGUUCGGCACCAUCCCGUACAGCCACACGGACUCGACCAUCCACAAGUACUUCAACGUCAUGCACAACUACAUGCGGCAGUACAACAAGACGAGCGUGGCGGAUGGAGUGGCCGCCGUGCUCAACGGCAACUUGGACUCCUUCAUCUACGAUGGCACAGUGCUGGACUAUCUGGUUGCCCAGGACGAGGACUGCCGGCUCAUGACCGUGGGCAGCUGGUAUGCCAUGACGGGGUACGGGCUGGCAUUCAGCCGCAACUCAAAGUAUGUGCAGAUGUUCAACAAGCGGCUGCUCGAGUUCCGAGCGAACGGGGACCUAGAGCGGCUGCGACGCUACUGGAUGACGGGCACGUGCCGUCCGGGCAAGCAGGAGCACAAAUCCUCGGACCCGCUGGCGCUGGAGCAGUUCUUGUCCGCCUUCCUGCUCCUGAUGGCCGGCAUUCUGCUGGCGGCGCUCCUCCUGCUGCUCGAGCACGUCUACUUUAAGUACAUCCGCAAGCGGCUGGCUAAGAAGGACGGCGGCCACUGCUGCGCCCUCAUCUCCCUGUCCAUGGGCAAGUCGCUGACCUUCCGGGGCGCCGUCUUCGAGGCCACCGAGAUCCUGAAGAAGCACCGUUGCAACGACCCCAUCUGCGACACACACCUCUGGAAGGUCAAGCACGAGCUGGACAUGUCUCGCCUCCGUGUCCGCCAGCUGGAGAAGGUCAUGGACAAGCAUGGCAUCAAGGCGCCGCAGCUGAGGCUGGCCUCCUCCUCGGACCUGCUAAACCACCAUCAUCUCAAGGAGCGGCCGCCACUGCUGGGCAACCUGAGUCUCGCCGCCAGCGCCCAAGAUCUAUACAGGUGGUCGUACAAGACGGAAAUCGCCGAGAUGGAGACAGUGCUUUGAAGCGUUUGGAGCACUUGGAGCUGCCCACGGAGAAGCGACUGUUACUCACGCUAGACAAACAUUCGCAAUCGAGCCGGAGUGCCAUCCUUCAGCGAGUACGUCUAAUCAAAAUCAACGUUUCAAACAAAAUGUGAACUAAAAGCUUUCGAAAGUUAGGGACGAGAUAGCGAAAGAGAAAUUGAACCCAAAGCGCCUCACGAAAACCGCACACACACUCGAUAGUCAGUAGUAGAUAGUCGAGGAUAGAGAAUCCAGAAUCAACAAUCCACAAUCCAGAAUCAAGAACUAAGCCCAGAUUUGCAGCCCAGAAAAGCCCAGAGAUUGUAUAAAGUUAAACUAAAUGUAAAACAGUAAAACCAAGCAUUAAACUAAGUGGAACACGGGGAGUAACAAGCAAAAAACAAGCAGCCGCCGCACGAGUAUUUCAUAAACAAAGUUUUAAAGAGAAGAUGGGGAGAUCAACCGUUGCAUUUUUGGCGAUUGAACUGUUAAGCGUUAACAUGAAGCAGUAGAGGAAUAGGAGUAGGUCCAACCCAGAGUUGGCCAUGUUUGUAUGUAAUCCGUUUGAUUGUUUGUGAUUGUUGUUUCAUUUGUUGUCUUUUUUUGGAUAGUCAAUAUUUACGAAUCAUAUUCAAGUAAGCGUAUGUCGAAGGCAAACACGAUGACGAGGACGAGAAGAGGCGCCGGUUGUCACGCCCAUUAUUAAAUGUACACAUUAACAGAUUUAUAUGUAUUUACUAUGAUUACGACGAUAUAAAUGUUAUUGCAUAUACACGUACAUAUACAUAUACAUAUACAUUUAAAGAACAAACAAGAAAUAUUUACAUAUGAAUAUACAUAUAUGUAUGUAUCUUAUAUUUUUCUGUUUUUGAUAUAAAAAUUGCUUAUGCGCCGCCAGCAAAAACAAGACGAAAAACCAAAUACACAAGAAGAAUCAAAAGCAAGGCCAAACACGAAAUUUUCAUCUCGCUAGGAGAUUCCCACACGACUAAACAAGGCUUCAUUUUAGUUUCUCCUUCCCGCUUAGCUGCUUUCCUUUGUUUCUUUCACUUUCACUUUCUUUCGCUUGCUCGCUGAGAGAGAGCCAAGCCCCCGCACACCUGCACCAUCAUCCUGGCAAGGAGAAUAGGCAAAUGAGAAAUUCACCCGUUGGAGUGACUCCUGCAUGUGAAAGUUAUGGCAAACUCUCUCCCCUCUCUCUCAACUCUACCACUGCUUACUGAACACCGCCCCUCACCACACACCCACUCACCUAACUACGAGAGAUAAAAAAUAUUUAUAAAUGUGCAUUGUUGUUGUGGCGAGCAAAACAUGCUUAAAUCAGAUUUAAAGUAAACUUGAAAUCGAAUUAAAUAUGUACAAAGGUUAAACGAUUUAAACUAAAAACGCGACGUAAAUAAUUAAUGAGCUAACUGACGAAUCGGAGGAGAUGUAUUGUGUUGGUAUUUAUUUAUGUGUGUCUUCUAAGUGUUUAGCGAUCCUCGAGGAUCACCAAUACUAAAAGCAAGCGCAAAACGUAAAUGUAAACGAAAAAUUGAACUAACUAAUGCAAAUUUAAACAAACUUAAUAUACACUAGACAACCAAACACGCACGGCCGUUUAGCUGUGCGUGUGCUUCUUCGAGACUCUUUUCGUUAACGUAACGCCAUCUCUGUUUGUUUAAGCCGUUAUACAGUUAUACCGUUAUGUUCCACGCACACACCCCACUCGCCGUUCAAAACGACGAGAGCGGUGCGAGCGAGACAGCACUGCAACACAGCACUACAACUAGAACACAAGACGAACGGACUCAUGAACUAACUAGUGACAAAAACGGACAAAAAACAACAAGAACGAAAACAAUGUUAACAGAAAACUAGAAAACAAAACAAAGAAACUUAUUGAGUUUUAUUUGCAAAAGAGUGAUUUUUUGUAGUGGAAAUAUUUUAUACACAAGAUACGGAUGGUUCAAGCGGACGACAUAGCGAAUGUUAAUUAUUACGUAUAUGUAUAUAUUUUUUAAGACAAAUUGUUCAAAUUUAUUAUACGAAUACUACCAAACAAAGCGAGUCGAUACCAAAGCAAAGCCAAAUCGAAAACUGGAAAAUGAUGUUGCAGACAACAAAAUAGUUUUAAUAGAAUGGAGAGGAUGUCGAAGAAGGGAACGAAGGAACGGAGAAGAGAAGUGAAAACAAAACCUUUACGGACAAAUUAAAACAAGUAAAACAAGUUAACAUUACAUUAUAUAAGUAGUUAGUAAUUUAAAACUAAACCCAAAGAAAAUAAGCUAAACAUCACGACAAAUGAUAAAAGCAUUCAAAAAAAAGGUUUAUGUAUACAAAAAGAUGUUUUUUUUAAUAUAUUAUUAAUGUUACUAAGUUACGAGUGCGAAUAACGAGCGUGCACACAGUCACACUGUCCAGACACCCACACCAACACGAAUAACGAGUGCAUUUUGUUAGAUGUUAAACAUAUGUAUGUAGCAAGCUGAGGAGAACAGAAACCAAAUCACAAGCAUCAAUUGAAGUCGAAUCAAUUUUUAAACGCAAAGAUAUGUACACCUCCCCGUGCAUAACGCAUAACGAGGGACAGAAUUCGAAUCUCAAUCCAAAAACAAAACAAAAGUCGGUCGCCAGCUCCUGUCCCCCGUCAGCACGUGAGCGAAGGAGGGAGCGGGACAGGACGGCACGGCACGACGACCGAUCGUAUUUCAAGUUACUAACAAAACACAAUUUUUUAACCACGCCAGAGGAUCGAGAGAAUCGUUUCACGUACUAAUCUAAGCAAAUGGAAUAUGCGUACAUUGUUGUGGUAGUUACAGAUGGCGAGGAGCAUACACGUAAUUAAAAUAUAAACAA